GUUGCACCUGCUGCGGAGGAAGCAUCUCCUCUCCGUUUCCGCAUUAAGAGUCUUCACGUCCAACCGGUUAAACAUGGAGCUUAGCUUUUUGCCUCGCUCUCUUUGGGCCAACGACAGCAAACUUCUACAACACCAUGUUACGGAUCUUUUCACAAGUGUACACGUUACAAGGGACCUACCAGCCGGAGAGUCGUUUGGACCUUGCGUUCUCCAGAACACCUUUUACGACACCAUUGCCUUCAUCGCUCUGAAGUCCUGUGACAAGAGAAACAAAUCAUAUGUUUUCCGGGUAGACGCGGAGGCAAUGAAGAGCUCGCCACUGGUAUUGUCCUGGCUAAGGUUGGUGCAAGCGGCAAGCAACAAGGAGGAACAGAAUAUGGAGGCAUAUCUGAGGAGCGGCCAGUUGUAUUUUCGGUCCACACGCAACAUACAGAAGGAGGAAGAACUGCUUGUGUGGUAUGACGAAGAGCUCUCUCAUCUUCUGGGAUUCAACGACAUAAAAAUAAGAACACUUUCAAACGGAUUCAGAUGUAUGAAAUGUAAUCAAGCCUUCAAGAACGAGUAUCCCUAUCUCGCACAUUGCCGUUUUCUUUGCGCGCAAGUGAAGAACGACUUACACUGCCCAGAGAGCUACGAGCAAAAAACAAUGGAAGUUAAGCGACAACGCCGAGUAACGGAUUUCCACAAUAUUGCCAGAGAUCUGGAGCAGAGAAAACCCAGUUCCAACGAAGAGGCCACCAAUUUAUCGCCGCGAAAACGGAGGCACGACGAAACCUGCAGUCCAAGGGUCAAAAAAACCGUUCUACUGGAGAAAACCAACAUCUCGAACGAUACGAACAUAACUCACGCAAGCAGGGAAGGCCAAACUGUCCCUGAGCUAGCGGCCUCGGUUAUGAAGCGCAACGCGGACAAAUAUCUUUUUAAGAAAAACCUUCCGGAAUGUAAACAGAGUGCGUUCACUGAGGUUAGGAGAGCAAAGGAGAGGCUAAAACAAGAGAAGGCAACCGAGACAGCUGAUGAAAGGGGAAUUAACCCAACCGGACAGAGCGGCGUCGACGCAGGCACCGGUUUACAGUCAACUGGCAGUGCGUUCUCAUUCGUCUUGCCGAAGGGUGCCCAAGAUGAGCAAAAGAGCGCUUUUUGUAAACCUAGUAAAAGCACCGUAAACGACUCCUCUGCGCUCCCAUCCCAUACAUUAAACAGUGCCCCUGAGCGCCCGGAGGACAUGACUGAUGCGAUUACUUCUAAGACUAUUCUGGGAUACAGCAGUCUGUUGGGAUCCCAUUUAUUAAACGGUGAUUUGUCGAGCGCGCAGGCCACAGCGACAUCGGUCGCUACGAUCAAUUCUUUCCCUUACGCUUCAGAGCACUGGCACAGACACAUUGGAGUACAGUUACAGACAACCUCCUCUCUGACCCUCCUUCCUCCGACGUUUACCUCUUUCGGGGUUUCAGUGCAGAACUGGUGCGCCAAAUGCAACCUGUCGUUUCGGAUGACUUCAGAUUUGGUGUUCCACAUGCGGUCGCACCACAAGAAGGAAUUUGCCGCGGAGUCACAGGUGAGGAGGAGAAGAGAAGAGAAACUCACUUGUCCAAUAUGUCACGAGUAUUUCCGAGAACGCCAUCACCUUUCACGCCACAUGACCUCUCACAAUUAGGCCGAUAACUCAGAUGUAACUGUUGUGGUGAGGCUGGGAGAAUGUUGGCGAGUUAUGCUUUGCGCUGUAAAGUCUCCUUAAAAAUUCAACCGCACUCAGAUUUCGAACGGAUUAGGCGCGUGUGUAUGAAGGGAUAUUCAGUAUUGGUAUAUAUUACUUUAAGAAUAAACAAUGUUUCAUUUAUAUGUUGUGUGAAUUUUAUCUGUUUAAACAUUUGAGAACGUGUUUUCCUCACUAACAAUUACUUAAAUCAGGUAGGCAAUUGUAAUAAAUAAAUUAUAGGGACGUAGGCUACAGGAUACAAUUUAGCACUGCUGCGUCAAGUCAUAGCUUGUACAGGGAUUGUCCGUUAGAUGGCCCCACAUACACACAUUUAACGAUCUUAACACAUAC